AUGGCUUUCACCACGUUUUCCCGCGUCUUACGUUCGACAUUCCAUAUUCAAAGGCGUUUAGAAUCAACAGUGGCCAGUUUCACUAAGGACGAGAUUCUUAUAUUAUUACGGCCUCCUUUUUCUAAUUGGAGUAACAUUGUAAGAGAGGCGGAGAAAGUAGUCGGUUAUCCGACGUCUUUUAUGAAUCUCAGGUGUCUAUUGAGCGAUGAAUUCGCGAAUUUGGCCCUUUAUUUACGGAAACUGGUUGGCAGCAACCACCUUGUAAUGCAAACAGCGAAAAAUGUCCUCUACGGUGACUCCAAGAACUUGCAACCAUGGGGUCUCAUCAUCCUACUUCUGUCGAAGUCAGUCAAAUCUACAGCCACGAACUCAAAUACUAUAAACCAACAACAACGAGAUCUUGCCGAAUUAACAGAGAUGAUACGUACAGGUCAUCUCAUUCACCGAGGUAUUGUCAACGUACCAUUCUCAAAAAGAUCAAAAAGCACUGAAUCAGCUAUAUUUGGCAACAAAAUUGCUAUAUUACUUGGCGACUAUCUACUAGUGACAGCAAAUGGAAUGCUUGCUGGAAUGAAAAAUCCUGAUAUUCUUUACUUAAUAUCAACUGCUUUAAGAGAUUUGUCUGAAAGCGAAUUCCUUGGAGACAGGGACGGACAGAACAUGCCGCUGCCUGGAAAACCGAAAGUAUCUAAAAAUGAUUUGAAUAUAACAUUCGAUACGACAUCCAUUAACGCUGAUGAUGUAUUGGGUAAGCCGAGAAAGGAAUGGACUGCUAGAACUGUAUACAACGGUGUUAGUUUGUUAGGACGAGGAUGCCAAUCAGCGAUGGUACUCGGGAGACAGAGUCACGAAACCCAGAACUAUGCUUAUCAAUUCGGCUGUCAUGUCGGAUUAGCUUGGCAAGCGGCUUCUGAACUACAGAAGCUCAGUUCUGACAGUAAAGAUCAAUUUUGCCUAGCAAGCGCCCCAGUUUUGUUUGCACUGGAAGAUAAUCCUGAACUUUACAAAAUAAUAGAUCAAGCUAAAAACGAUGUUAACGACGUUGAUUAUGAAGAUUUAAAGUUUAAUAUUCUUAAAACGGAUGCAGUUGAUAAAACAAGAUUGCUUUAUGAGGAUCACGCGAAAAAAGCGAUCUCAUUUAUUGAUAAUAUAGGAAAGAAUGAAUCUGUCGAUAUGAUAAAGAAAUUGAUAAAUACGUUUUGA